AUGGACGGCCACCACGUGGGAUCAUUUGAGACCAUCGUCAUAUUGUUAGAGAAUGUGUCCAGCACCUUGGCUGCAGACAGCAUCCGCCCUCCAACUACACCAUCUGCAGUUUCAGAUCUCAUCGAGGAGGUCUAUCCUGCGUUUAGUAUUGCCAACCGAGCCAAGACGCGCACUCGAAAGACUCAGGUCAAGAAGCCGACUUACGAGCCUGUCAACCAUGAUGUGAUAGAGUUGACAUCCGACUCCGACCUCGACGAAUUAUCACUCAAGCCUCCACGGAAGCGGCAGAAAUCCCAAGACAAGCCCGUCAAGCCCAAGCCGAAACCCAGGCCUAAACCGAAGCGUAAAGACAUCGUCUUCACUGAAGAGCCAGCGCUUCCGUCUCAACUAUCUUUUACAACACCACCCCUUCCGUCUUCUAUUCCUGCUUUACCCGAUUUGUCUUCUCCGCCCUCUUCUCCACCCGAGAUAACUCGUAAACGCAAGAAUAUUUCCCCGCUUCAGUCAGAGGUUCAUGGCGAAGAGAUGUCCCCGAUACUUCACGAAAGCGGGGACGCAGACAUUGUUGCUGCGAGCAAGGGUAAGAAAAAGGACGCAAAGCUGUCUUGGGCGAAGGGGAAGAAAGAAAAACAGGCUGACAGAGUCGAACCCGACGAUCUUGCGCACAAAUUCCCCACAGAUGAGCCAGUUGCAGGUAAUAAUGAUCUCGAAGACCACGAUUUCAUCGAGGAAGAGGAACCGAAACUUACAUCGAAGAAGAAGGCACUAUCGAAACCCACCUCCGCUGUAGCAUCGAAACCUAAGGCAAAGGCAAAAGGAAAGCGGUUCUCUCGGAAAGUGAACAUGAGGACGACGACGACAACGAUCCUCCCUCGCUCGAGGUCCCCUAACCGAAGCAACCAUUUGCCCGAGGACAAAGACUCUCGAGACGACGGUCCCAAGAAUUUUAAGAUUCCCCCGAAAAGCGCAGCUGCCCCACCAGUCACGCGCCUUCAGCAUCAAACCCAAGUCGACCUCAAUGUCAGAGCUCAUCCGGCGUGUCGACUCACAAAUAAAUUCACUAUUCUCAAAUGGUCCUUCCUAUUCGCCAUUGGUGAAGUCUUCGCGAACGAUGCUUUCGCAGAUUGCACCGCUCCACCCCAACCGACGGACCCCUCCACCACCAUUACCGAGACCUCCCCGCCAAAGAAGAGCAAGAAGCAAAUAGAGAUGGAAGAGCGUAUUGAGGAGGAGCUGUCGGAGACUGUUGAGGGGUGGUCGUGUAUGACUGACGAGGAGAGGAGGGAAGUAAAAGUCGAGGGAGCAAGCAACCGCGCAAAGGCGACAGGAAGGUUCGUGAAGAGCUGGAUGACUAUCAUGAUGUCUCAAUCUAACAUUGGCUCGGGUUUCGCAGUUGCUUGCUCGGCUGCGGUGAUAUAUGAUUGGGCACUGAAUUUUGGACAAGAGAUCGAACUGGUGUGGAGGCAACGUUUCUCCCUUAUGACCGUCCUAUAUCUGAGUGUGCGCUACAUUGGAAUAUUAUAUGCUGUGUAUGUGCUAAAAUUUGGUGUUUGUGCUAAUCAGUCAUCUCUUGCAUUCAGCGUCCAGAUUUCGGACGAUGUCGGGGACAUAUAUAGUGAGCUCUCUGCGCUAACGUCUGCUAUUCCCAUUCAAUUGACUGUGCUCCCAUGUAGAGCUGAUCCCGAGCUGCAUUGGUCAGGUCAGAUUAUAUCUGCUGCAAUGAUUUGGAUGUCUUUUGUCGCAAAUGUAAUGCUGGGCGCUAUCUGCAUCGCCGUCGGAGUGCUCAUUGCGAUAACAGGAAUGCACAUUUCAGAGGAGGAGGUCAUACUUUCUGGCACCUAUCAGUGCACUUUGCACCCUAUAGGUGGCCAAUUUCUGUCCACCGGCGCUUGGAUAAUACUUGGUACUACAGCAUGGGAAAUCGUCGUGUUGUGUUUUGUAGUCCGGAUUGCUGUAAAGCAUUUCCGUGAAUUGCGACGAUACUCGACAGGAGGUAUUGUCGGAGACUAUUUUACGGUGUUAAUGAAGAGCCACAUUGUUUACUUUGCGAGGUGA